AUGUCUGCAAAGAGCGCCUUACAAGUCUGCAUCAAGGUGCGACCCUGCGAACAAGGCCAAACCACAUUGUGGCAAGUGAAGGACCGGCGAGCCAUUCAACUCAUCGACAGCCAGGCUGAUCCCUUUGUGUUUGAUUAUGUUUUCGAUCAGGAAUCAAAUAAUCAAACUGUAUUCGAUUGCAUGGCCAAGCACAUCGUGGAAGCCUGCAUGAAGGGCUUUAAUGGAACCAUUUUCGCUUACGGCCAAACAUCGUCGGGCAAAACAUACACCAUGAUGGGCGACGAAGCCAAUCCGGGCGUCAUGGUACUGGCAGCAAAGGAAAUAUUCAAGCAGAUUGCCCGGCACAACGAUCGGGACUUUUUGCUACGGGUUGGUUACAUAGAAAUUUACAACGAGAAAAUCUAUGACUUACUGAACAAGAAGAAUCAAGACCUAAAGAUACAUGAAAGCAACGGCAUGGUUCAUGUCAAUUGCGAGGAGUGCAUCAUUACCAGCGAGGAGGAUCUGCUGCAGUUCCUCUGCAUGGGCAACAAAGAGCGCACUGUGGCGGAAACCCAAAUGAACGAGCGCUCAAGUCGUUCGCAUGCCAUAUUUCGCAUUAUAAUCGAAUCGCGCAAAACGGAUCGUAACGACGACGAUGCUGUUAUUCAAAGCCUGCUAAAUCUGGUGGAUUUGGCAGGCUCGGAGCGAGCCGAUCAGACGGGUGCGCGUGGGGCACGUCUUAAGGAAGGCGGGCACAUAAAUAAGAGUCUGCAUUUUCUAAGCAACGUGAUCAAGAGCUUGGCUGAGAACGAGGAAAACAAAUACGUCAACUUCCGCGAUUCAAAGCUGACCCGUAUAUUGCAGGCGUCUCUGGGAGGAAAUGCCUUUACCUCUAUUAUAUGUAGCAUUAAGCCAUCAAUAAUGGAAGAAUCUCAAUCGACAUUGAAUUUCGCCAUGCGUGCGAAGAAAAUACGUUUAAAACCACAAUUGAAUGAAAUUGUAUCGGAUGCGACCAUGAUGAAGCGUCUGGAGCGCGAAAUAAAGGAGCUCAAAGAUCGUUUGGCUGAAGAACAGCGCAGAAACGAGAGCCAGAUAAAAGUUCACUUGUUGGAGCAAAGAAUCAAAAUGGACUCGUUGAAAAUAAUUACCAGUAACACAAUUGCGGAUAAGCGUAAUAAGAAUCGGCGACGCACUUGGUGUCCAGCCACAUCAAAUCCGGAGCCAGCGCACAUUGAUGAGGCGCAUGCUUUCAAUUCAAAUGGAUCGGGCGGCUCAAAUGGUCAGCACAAGCACUCGGGUCUCCCUAAACCAAGCUUCUACCCGUCGACUUCUUAUAUGAAACACCAGCCCUUUAACGCGCCUAAGACUGUGAACAUUAUGAAAUCACUUGAGAUAACAGAGGAUGAAUUCAAACCGGCCGUUGACUACAACUUUGGAGAUGUGCCAGACGCGAUGCUUACGAGCCGUAUCCUGCCACCACUAACCUUAACGCCACGCGUGGCUCAAACUGGCGAUCAAGGUAAGCAAAUGAUUGAACGUGAUCUGGUAGAGCUGACAACGUUCGAGAAGCUAGAACAGAACAUUAAUUUAGAGUGGGAAAGUCUAAACCAAAACUAUGUUGCGGCUACAGCUCAAGUUGACGAGCUUCAGUCCGAGCGGCUAAUUCUGAUGCAGCGUUGUGAAACCCUUCAGGCCGAAGUAGAUGCUCUUGGCAAGUCAAAGCAAACAGCUGAUACAAAAAUAGAGGCAUACGAAGAGGAGCUGAAGUUGCUGAAGCAAACGAUUGAAAGGCUGGAGAUGGAAAAUCGUUCUGCUGUCGAUUUGGAAUUUCAGUUUGAAACCCAUAAAACUAAAUCAAAGCUCCGAGAGAAUGAGCUACUAUCGGUGCUCUCCGAAAAGGAUGACGCCAUUGUCAACUUGGAAAAGACGCUCAAGGAAUUGUCCAAGGAUGUGCUGCGCAACAGUAAGGAGGAUCAAAUGCGUUCCAUGUGUCCCGAUCUUGAAACCAGCUGCGAGCGUAUCUGUGAUAAGUGUAUAGACCUGGAAUGCCUGUUGCAGGAGUACAAGAAGGCGUCACCCAAUGGUGACGCUGCGCAGUCCAUUGACUGUAAAUGCGAGCAACUGCGUUCAGAAAUCGCCAACACGCGUGCACAGCUGGAGAGCGUGCAGAACGCCUACAAGCAGAUGACUAGUGAUAUGGCUGAAAAGUCGGAGCUGUACGACCGUCUGAGCCGCGAUGUUAUUGCUGCUGAGGAAACCAAGGGUUUGCUGCAGGAGAAAUGCGACGAUCUGGAGAACGCGCAACAGCGCCACGAUCAAAUCAUACAAAGCAUGCAGGCGGAGUAUGAUGCCAUACAAGAAAAGUACAAGAAACUGCAGCAAGAUUAUGAGACUCUUGAGCGCACAUCAGCAGCCACGGAGGAUCAACAUAAGAAGCUGCAAAGCCAAAAUGUUAGCUUGCAGCAAGAAAUCACCACAUUAAAGGAAUCUUUCGAGCAGAUACAACAAACGCUCAUGCAGACGACAAAUUCAGAUAGCAACGAGAAGGCAACGAUUGUCGAGCAAUUGAAGGCGCACAAUGAGGAGCUCGUGGAGAAGCUGGCUCAAUUGGAGGCCAAAUAUGGUGAGAUGCAACGCGAAUACGAGGUUUUGUCCAUUCAGUUGAUUGAGAGCAUGCAAGACGGUGAUAGCUUGCGGGAUCAGUGCAGCGCGCUGCAAGAGGAACUGCAGCAGCAACAGGUGGCAACAAAAAGCGCAGAAGAAAACGAGCAGAGAACACAACAGCUGCUUGCACAUAUUGCUAGGCUAGAAAGUGAAGUUACCGAGAAAAAUGCGCUUAUAGAUGCCACCGAAGGCACAAUUAACGAGAUGCGUGAACAAAUGACUAAUUUGGAGUCGGCGCUACUGGAAAAGUCAGUGAUAGUCAACAAAGUGGAGGACUAUCAGCGGCAAAUCGAAUCGCUCGAGAAGCAGCACGCCGAAAUGACUAUGGUCUGCGAGGAGUUGCAGGAGAAGGUCAAAGAGAACACCAUCAAUGAGAGUCUGCUCAUGUCCAAUAGUACACAAACUCUGAUGAGCGACGACAGCAUGCCACAACAAGAAAUAGAUGCGCUUAAAACCAGAUUGUCUGAUUUGAAUGCAGAACUCAAUGGGCUGCAGGCGCAAAUUCAGCAAAAGGAUGACUUAAUCGAAAAGAUUCAGUCCGAGCUACAGGAGUUAAAUGAACGCUGCAUGUCUAUGGAUGUGCUGCAAGUGGAGCUGCGAGCGAAUGCCCGGCAAAACCAACAGCUUCUUGAUAGACAGGCUUCCAAGCUGACGGAUGAUGCGAAUCGAAUCGAUAAACUCCAGGAAUCCAAUGCGCAGUUGCUGGAACGUAGCAUCAAGGCUGAGGAAAUGGUUGAAAUCUAUAAACAGCGUCUUUCGUUGGCGGCAGAAGUAGAGUGCUCCAAGGAGCAAUACGAGAAACGUCUCAACGAUUUGCAAAUCGCAUUUGACAAUGCCAAGAAGGAGUUCGAGUUGAAGGAGAAGCAAAAUAAAGAUUACCUUAACAAUGUCAAGCUCGAGUACUUACAGAAAAUUGAGAUAAGCGAGACUGAGUAUCGAGGCAAUAUGCGCAAAUACAAUAUUGAAUGGGAGGAAAGCAAGGAUCGCUACGAAACCAUUUUAGAAAAGCUGCAAAAGCAAUUGUCCUCGUCCGAGGAGCGUUGCAACAAACUGUGUGCAGACAAUGAGUCGGAGCUGUUAUCUGUCAAAGCAGCAAAUGAACAAUUGGUUAAAGAAAAACACGAACUGGAAUCAUUAUAUGACGAAAGCCAAAAGCUAGUGCAGCAGAUACAAGCUAAAUUGAACAACAAGCAACAGGACGAGGAGAAAGAUCACGAAAUGGUAACGUCUGCGAAUCACAAGUUCCAAGAGCUGCAUAAGAAAUACGAGACGCAAGUGCAGGAGUACAAAGAGCUCAAGAGCAAGCAUGAGCUAAGCUUGGAUUGUCUUAAGCAAGAGAAGAGCUCAUUACAGUUGGCCGUUGAUGAAAGCAAACUGACAAUAAAACACUUAACUAAUGACCUACAAGCAGAGCAGCAGAAGUGGCAAAAGCAAGUGAGCUUGGUGCAACAGUUUGGCGUUGAACUAGGAGCCAAUGCUGCUGAGAAAGCUGAAUAUUUGGAAAAAGUGCAAACUUUGAAUAACAAGAUUGAGGAUCUGGCAGAAAAGUUAAAGCAGGCAACACUCAAGGCUGUAGAUUUUGAUAAGCUUGUGGUCGAUCAUACACAAGUCAAAUUGCUUCUUUCCGAAGCAAACGAUCUCAAUAAGAACUUGGCCCAGAAAGUGGAAAAUCUCGAAAGCGAAUUGUUGCAGGCUCAAACUGAGUUAACAGCACAGCGGGCUACAAUUCAACAACUACAAUCAGAAUUGGAGGCAACCUUGCUACUCAAGAGCAGCGCCUGCUCCGAGCAGUCCAGCUUGACAGACAAGCUAAAAGAACUGGAGGCAACAAUACUCGAACAGGCUCACCAAUUUGAACAGAAUUUGAAUGAGUUACAAGGCUCAAAGAACGAGCUACAGUUAAAGCUGGACUCAUUGCUGUCUCAAAAAGUGGAGCUGGAAGAAACAAACCACAAGCUCACAGUCAAACUGAAGAAUGUGUUGAACUUGCAAAAUCUUUUGGAAAAGGAACGUGAACACAAUGCCCAACUCCAAAAGAGCAAUGCUGAACUGCAAUCCAAGCUAGAAGACAAGGAAACCACUUCUGAGACUCUGAGCGCAGCCUUGCAGCAACAGAAAGUGGCUUCUGCUCAAUUAGAGAAUCGCCUAGCAGCAGCUACCACGGAAGCCAAUAGAAAUGCCGACGAACUGCGAAAUCAAAUUGAAAAGUUGCAAAAGGAAGUUGAUAGACUAUGCUCUGUAGUGAAAACCAACAAGGCCAACUUCGAUGCUGAACGAAACCGGCUUCAUGGUACAAUUUCGAGUCUCCUGGAAGAUAAACGGAACUUGGAGGAAAAACUAUGCACGACCAAUGAGAUACUCAAGAAGGUGGAGACCGAUUUAAGGAACAGCAAUAAUUCGUUUGAAUCAAAUGCUUCGAAUACUUCGCCACUUGCCAGAAAAAGUCUGGAUCGUGAUCCUAACCAGCCUAGGAAAUCCUUAAGCUUGGAGUCUGAGGUGCGAAGAAAUCGAAGAAUAAGCACACACGACGAGCGGCGUCGUCAGUCUUAUUGGAAUGAUACGCGACAUGUGUCAUGCAUGACAGAUCCCGUAGAUGAUAAUUGUAACUGUGCUGAGCUCGAUCGGAAGCUGCAGGAUUGCCAACGUGAGCUGUUCAUACGGGAGAGCAUGGUGACUGCAUUGAACUUUGAAUUAAAGAACCAUCCGCUCAAGGAGGAGACAGCAAUAUUAAAAAGACGUAUCCAGGAGGAGCAGGCCAAGGCGCGUGAUGAAAUCAAGCGCUUGAAGCAAAAGAACCUAGAUCUUAUGAACAAGGUGCAAACAUAUACAGCAGCUGCAGCCAUCUCAGCCAGUGCCCAUCCCGCAAGCACAGUUUCAACCAAGCAAACAACUGUUGAGACGCAAACGGAUUCCAACUUGGAGACGAUUAUAAGAAAAACCGAUGAGAAAUACAAUGACUGUUUGCAGCUGUGUCGCUAUCGUUAUAAUAAAAUUAAAGAAUUGGAGAGAGAGUUGAAUGAAAACAACAACAACAUUUCUUCCCAGACAGCUGGUCAAAUUAUUGCACUUAAGUCUCAAUUGGAGUCGCAGAAGAAAGAAAUUCGUACCCUCACCAAUAAAUAUGAAUUCGCCAAAAGAGCACUUAAAAUGCGCCGAGAUGAAAAUAAUGAGCUGCGGCAAAUCGCUGGCACCGACGUUCCAGCAUCCUCUAAAUAAGUCAACCUGUUUUUUGUAGCGUUUAGUGACUAAGUGAUGUGUAUAUAUAUAUAUAUUUAAUUGUGUUUAUUAAA